CAACGAAAUACUUAAGAAAGAUUGGUAAACCUGGGAAGUUUAUGUGCAAGCUAUAAAUACGAAGUGCUCCCAAUUUUAAAUUGACGAGAGAUUUCACUUACUGAAAGCGAUGAAGUUGUAACUGGGCAUUACCUGGGAAAAUGGAGAUUACCUUUUAAAGGACUUAGGAAAAAUAAAGAAUUAUUGUCCUUCGCGUGCUAACAGUUAUUUUGCACGGAUUGCCAAGAAACGUGUUCUUACGCAUCUGUUUAACUGCAGCUGUUGAACUGAGGUACAGUGGGGCAUUUUUCUUAAAUAUUCUUAACGGUUUUGCAAGCCUUACUGACCAAUGAAAACGAAUAUCUUGUAGUCAGCUCAGUUGAAACCCAAGAGUAUAGAAGAUCCAAAAUGAUUGUGCGCGUGUUUCAGGAGAUCUUCAGGCCAUCUCUGCAGACAUUUUUAUUGGCCUCCAUGUCAUUUUUGGUAGCCAUGCACUUUUGGAAAUGGUUUCAGCAAAGGUUCAGAUGCUCCAAAAACAACCCGGGUCCUCCUGGGCCAUUAUCGUGGCCAGUGAUUGGAAACGCAGCCCAGCUCGGGAGCCUUCCCCACACCGUUUUCUCUAAAAUGGCACAGAAGUACGGAAAUGUCUUCCGCAUCAAGCUGGGAAACCGCGUUGUUGUGGUACUAAACGGAGAAGAUGCCAUUAAGGAAGCCCUCAUCAAGAAAGGCGUGGAUUUUGCAGGGAGACCAGAUUUCACGUCAUUCAAGGUAAUCUCUGGGGGAAAAGGCAUGGCAUUUAACGGCUACAGCGAUCUUUGGAAAAUCCACAGAAAGGUUGCCCAUUCCACAAUCCGGCAUUUCUCCACCUGCAAUCAAGAAGCGAGAAAAUCGUUCGAACAGGGCAUACUUAGCGAAAUCAAAGAAGUCAUAGGCGUCUUUUUAAAAAAAAGUGAAGAUGAAAAGUUUUUUGAGGCUAGCAAAUUUUUAGCAGUGGCUGUAGCCAACACAAUGAGUGCAGUGUGUUUUGGAAAAAGGUACAGCUACGAUGACGCCGAAUUUCAGUCAUUGAUUGGCAGAAAUGACCAGUUUGCCAAAACCGUGGGGGCCGGGAGCAUUGUGGAUGUCAUGCCGUGGCUACAGAGCUUUCCAAACCCUAUAAAGACGAUGUUUGACAACUUUAAAACCCUCAACGAGGAGUUUUAUGACUUUAUCUAUGGCAAAGUGGUUCAGCACCGAGCGACCCUCAAAGCUGGCACCAUUCGAGACAUGACUGAUGCCUUCAUCGUGGCACUGGACCAGGGGAAAGAGGUAAAGAACGGAGCAGUUCUCGGAAAAGAACACGUGCCUCCAACUGUUAAUGACAUCUUCGGAGCAAGUCAAGAUACGCUUUCCACGGCCAUGCACUGGAUGUUUCGUUUACUUGUAAGGUUUCCAGAUGUCCAGGAAAAACUACAAAAAGAGAUUGAUGAAGUUGUUGGAAGAAACCGCCUACCGUGCAUUGAAGAUCAACAGAACUUGCCAAAUGUUGUGGCGUUUAUCUUUGAGACAAUGCGUUUCAGCAGCUUUGUACCAAUUACAAUACCCCAUGCAACUACGACUGACACAUCUGUCAUGGGCUAUCACAUCCCAAAAAACACAGUUGUAUUUAUUAACCAGUGGUCAGUUAAUCAUGAUCCCCAAAAGUGGUCCAAUCCAGAUGUUUUUGACCCAACAAGGUUCUUGGAUGAAGAUGGAAUCCUCAACAAGGACCUUAUAAGCAGUGUUAUGAUCUUUUCGGUAGGCAAAAGGAGAUGCAUCGGGGAUGAGCUGUCUAAAAUGGUCCUGUUCCUUUUUGUCUCCGUUUUGCUUCAUCAGUGUAACUUUACUGCUGACCCCAAUGGAUCAAGAACUAUUGAAUCUUUUUAUGGUUUAACUUUAAAACCAAAACCAUUUAAAAUUGAGGUGACAAGCCGGGUUCCUGUGUAAUUCCUCUAAGAGUGUCAGGAAAGAGAAUAUAGAGCCAGUAAAGCCAACAAAAUGGAAUCCACAGCUAUGAAGGUACAGGUGAAACUAGAAGGCUGCCGAGAGCUAAGCACCAGCCUUUGAUUAACGCAGGUCUACCUUAUCUCAUGGAUUCCGUAACUUGCCUUGAGGUGUAAUGUUAAGAUAUGUUGAAGUUCAUAUGCUUAUUUCUUUGUAUUUUUUUAAGCACAAUUCCUGUUUAGUGAGCAUUUUGGCGAGACUGAAUUACCUUACGAGUACAGAAUAAGGGUGAAUUUAAAAUGAAAUGUUCAGUUAAGGAAAGUCGAGAAAUAGAAAAACAGUGAAAAUGAACAGUGGACAUUUAUAUUGGAGUUGGACUAUUUUCCUCAAAGUGGGGAUUUUUUUUUUUUUUUUUUGUUUAUCAUGCAUUUUCAAUUUGGACAAUUUUAGAUCCUAUUUGGAAGACAUUGGAGUCACCUAAAGCUACAUAUUCUUAAUGGCAGAUUUAAAAAAAAAAAAAAA